AUGACUAAGAAUCGAAUCAGAAUAGAAUCAAUCAAUGCAUUGAAGGAUCAUACUAUAGUGCAACCCAAGUUUGUCAAGACUUCAGUAUUAUCUAAACUUCAUCAUGUUCAUUGGUCAAAACCAUUACAAAAUAUAUAUAUUGUGAAGAAACCAUGGAAUUAUAAUGUAAGAGAUGCCAUGAUUAAAGUUAUAGAACAUCUCCAUACCAAUUAUCCAUCAUUAAAGAUCAUUGUUAAUAAGACUGUGGCGGAUGAAUUAUGGGAAGAAUAUAAAGUUAAUCAUAAAUCAACAACAUCAGAGAAUAGUGAUGAUGUGGUAUUAUAUACGGGUGAAAUUGAAGAUAUUGUACAAAAGACAGAUUUAAUUAUAACUUUAGGAGGUGAUGGAACUAUUUUAAGAGCUGUAAGUGCAUUUCUGAAUGUUAAUGUACCGCCAGUAUUAAGUUUUUCAUUAGGAACUUUAGGAUUUUUAUUACCAUUUGAUUUUAAAUCAUUUGAAUCGACAUUUAAAAAUGUUUAUGAAAAUAAAGGUCAAGCCAUUCAUAGAAGUAGAUUAGAAUGCCAUUUAAUUCGAAAAGAAAAUAUCCAAGAAGAAGAUCCCAGUAUGAUUCAUGCUAUGAAUGAUAUUUCUUUACAUAGAGGUAGUCAACCAAAUUUAACUGCUUUAGAUAUUAUUAUUGAUAAUGAAUUAUUAACCACUACAACAUGUGAUGGAGUUAUAUUAAGUACUCCAACAGGAUCAACUGCUUAUUCCCUAAGUGCAGGUGGUUCUAUAAGUCAUCCUUCAGUUCCAUGUAUAUUAUUAACUCCAAUUUGUCCUCGAUCACUUUCAUUUCGUCCAUUAAUCUUACCUUCGACAUCACAUAUUAUUUUAAGAAUCAAUGAAAGUAAUCGAAAUGGAUCAAUUAAUUUGAGUAUAGAUGGGAUAACUCAAGCCGAUAUGAAACCAGGUGAUCAAAUCCAUGUAAAUAGUGAUAAAAAUGGUAAUGGAAAGAUAUCUAAUGAUGAUACCAAUAGUGGUAUAUGGUGUUUUGCUAGAAGUGAACAUGAUUGGACGAAAGAUAUUAAUGAAUUGUUAGGAUUCAAUUCUUCAUUCAGAGCUCAAAAGCAACAUCAUAUAUAG